AUUUUUUGUUCAUAGAAUUAUUUUAUGGUGCUCCUCUUCCAAUCUGUAGGCCAAAGAGGUGAAGAUUACGUGGCGUCUAAGCCCCGUUGGUGUUCUUAGUUGCAAAGUAGAGAGAGAAAGACACAUCAAAAAUGGCGACUCUGAAUCUGUUCUCUCAGCCAUGGCAACCCACAAUUUCACCUUCUUUCUUCUGUUGUUCUAAUUCAAACAACAACAUUUCCUAUGCUUAUCAAAAUCAUAAUAUCAUUUCCAACAAUUCUAAAUUUCAUUUCUUUUCCAAUUCUCGUCAAUUCUCUGUUCUUUCUCAAUUCUCCUCUCACUCCUCAAAGUCAGGCAGUGGAAGUUCAUGGUUGCAAAACAGUUCCUUUGCUUCUGGCAUUGAGUACAGGAAGCGUCCUCUAUAUUCUGUAUUUCCAACAAAACCUGCUCAAGUUUCCUCUGUGGAAGACCUCUAUCAGUUUAUUUGCUCGGGACCUCUGCUUGACAAAAUAGGCCUCACACAAGAGCAGGUGGCUGAGUCCAUUGAUAACUGGUUACUGUAUGGCCGGUACCUAUGCAGAUUGUUUCAGCUUAAUGAAUUGUACCUUACAGAGCCUCAAAAGGCUAGGAUUUAUCACUACUAUGUACCAGUCUUUCUCUGGUGUGAACAACAGAUCGCGGAGCAUCAGUCCAAAUUCAAAGAUGGAGAAGAAAUUCCUCCUUUGGUGAUUGGUUUCAGUGCCCCUCAAGGCUGUGGGAAGACAACCCUUGUCUUUGCUCUUGACUAUCUUUUUGAAGUGAUUGGCAGGAAGUCUGCCACAGUAUCUAUAGAUGAUUUUUAUUUGACUGCUGAAGGUCAGACUAAACUAAGAGAAGCUAAUCCAGGAAAUGCACUUCUUGAGUAUCGCGGAAAUGCAGGAAGCCAUGAUCUUGCUCUUUCUGUUGAAACUCUGACAGCUUUAACUAAAAUGACAAGAGAAGGUGUGAAAAUGAAGCUACCAAGAUAUGAUAAAUCUGCAUUCAGUGGCAGAGGUGACCGUGCUGAUCCUUCAACAUGGCCAGAAGUCGAAGGUCCCCUGAAGGUUGUGUUGUUCGAAGGUUGGAUGCUUGGUUUCAAGCCUCUUCCAGUUGAAGCUGUAAAGGAUGUUGAUCCCCAGUUAGAAAUUGUAAAUAAAAACCUUGAAGCUUACUAUGAUGCAUGGGACAAAUACAUUAAGUCAUGGAUAGUCAUCAAGAUUAAGGACCCAAAUUGUGUGUUCCAAUGGCGUUUGCAGGCUGAGAUUGGCAUGAGGGAGGCCGGCAACCCUGGAAUGACAGAUGAGGAGGUGAGAGAUUUUGUUUCACGGUAUCUGCCAGCAUACUAUGCAUACCUUCCUACACUUUACUCGGAGGGACCAAAUGGAUCAGAUCCUCAACGUCUCCUAACCAUUGAAAUAGAUGAAGGGAGAAACCCCAUCCUCGCUUCCUAAAGUAACUAUAUGAUAGAGCUCUGCUGGUUUUUCAAUUCUUUGGGAAUUUCUAUGUCUAUUCAGCAUUAAUUAGUUACUCCAUUAGUGUAUCUAAGUUAAUGAAUCUGCACUCUUUCCCUUGAAAUGUAUAGAGAAUAUUUUCAGUAAUACACAACGGCUAAUGCUUUCUGGUUGC